AUAAGAAUAAUAAAUUAAAAAAUUAUUAAUCUCAAAAAUUUAAGCAAGAGAUUAUUUAGAUUAUCAGGAAAUUUCUUCUUUAAUAAACUAAAGGAGGUAACUAUCUCAAAAAUAAUACUAUUUAGAUAAAAUAAAGAGUCCGUAUUUCAACCCGAGAUUUCAAAGGCUGACACAGGAGCAGAUAAAAACCGCAGCAAGCUAAGUUAAAGAAGCACAUAUUAGAUAAAGUACCAUCUUAAAAUUAAUUCGCCCUGACCACUAUUACUACCACAAUGAGCCAGACUGAUAAACAAAAUUCAAAAAAGUCCAGCAAGUCUAUGAAAAAAUAAAGUUUAUAGACUAACGAGGACUUUAAAUAAAAUAAUGCUGCAUAAAUUGAUGAAAAAAUGAAUAAUUAACACUAAAAACUAAAUCUUAAACAAGAAACAUGUUAAGAAAUAAACAAAUUAUGUGUAGAUGAUGAAAAAAUUAACAAUUAAUGCCUUGUUUGCAUUGAAGAAAUCAAAGAUGAAUGUAUCCUGAACCCGUGUCAGCACAAGUAUUGCUACCCAUGUAUUUUCGAUUGGAUGAAAUAGAAGUAGCGUUGCCCCCUAUGUAAUAAUGAGGUUGUUGAGAUUAUCAAGACCAAUUAGAAUGCAGAAGCAGAUAAUUUGAUAACUAAGGUAUCAGAUAUAGCAGACUCAGUAGCUUUAGAAAACUUAAAAUCAAAUAGCUAAUCUUAAAACGAACACAUUGAAAGAUUUGAAUGUCUUGACCACAAUUAUCUCAAAAAUGAAGUUGAAAAACUUUUAAAUAAACUAGAUUUUGUUCAAAAAAAAAUGGAAUAGCAAGCAAACAAAUACGAUGACUUUAAUUGGUUUAUUAUUGACACAAUUGAUGAUUAGAUUUACGAGCUAGAAAAUAUUGUUGAAGAUUUCAUUGAGUUUAAUCCUUAAGAAAUUGCAUAAAGGUGCUUCUUGUUAGAGGAACAUCUUGAUAUUAUAAGAAACAACAAGUGGGAGAUUAUUGAAGAGCACUACUCAGAUUUAUAUGCCAUAUAGCUAUAAAAGGAAGAAGAGGAGAUCUAAAACUACAAUCAAGGCAACAGUAAAAAUAAAAAUAACAACAAUAAAAACAAAAACAGUUAAGCUAACAGUAAAAAUGGUAAUAGUAAAAACCAUAUCGCUGAAUUUGAAGACGAUUUCUAUUAUGAUGAUUCAGAUGUUUCUAGCUUUCCAAGCAGUUUUAAGGAUUACUCUAUAAAAAAUUUCAAGCCAAAAGCUCCUAAGAAAAAAUUUAAUAAUACUAUUCCAUUAAAUACAGCUUCUGCUAUGACAAAAAUUUGAGAAAAAAAUGAGCACAAAAUUAACACAAGCAAACAAACAAACUAGAUAGAUAGAUAGGAAAACAAAAAGAAAAAUUAAUUGAUUUAUGACUAGUUAAUAAAUAAUAUUUACUUUAUGAUUGAUUGAUUAAUUAUUAGGAUUAUUUUUUUUUUAGGAAGAUAAAUUUUUGGUUGAUAAGAAACUUAAGAACUCAAAAAUAGAUCAAAAUUAAUUUUUAGUUUUCAUUUUUACUUUAAAUUUACUUUACUUUAUUUACAUUAAAUGAGAAAUUUAUGCUAUAAAAGAUAUUUUAAAUCAUUAAAAUUCAAUUCAAAUCCUAAGAAAUUAAUCUGUAUGCUUGUUUGUUUGUUAAUGUGUUUUUCUCGCUUUAGUUUAGUUUAUUGUAUUUAUCUAAUCUAAGUGGUUAUCAAAUAGAUAUCAAAUAAAUUAUUUAUUCUAUCAGCAGCCAGUCAAUCAUCUAUUUCAGUCAAACUUCGCUGUUUUUAUCCUAUUGUGAGGUCUAUUCCUUAUUUUUUUGUUCCUACUCUUCCUAGAUUUUCUCACUUUAUAUAUCUCCUUAUGCUUUUAAAAAUUCUUCAUUUUCUCUUUUAAUACUCUCCUUCUUGGAUAAAAAUUGCUUUCUUAUCUUCUUGCAAAUAGAACACUUUUUCAAAAGAAACACUUUAUUACCUUAUCCUAAAAAAAUAAAAAAUAUGAUCUUCUUCUUACAAUAAGGAUUAAAAUAAUUUAUAAAAGCAUUUUUUAUUUUUCAAAAUUUUCGAAAUGUGUAGAUAUCAAUGUAUAAAUAUAUGUGUAUGCUUAUGUAUGUAAUUGAUCUAGUUAUUAAAUAGAAAAAGAGAUCAUAUUAAAGACAAAAGUUUUAAUUCAAUUUUUGCCUAAGGAAUUCU